AUGACCGGCGGUGGAAGAAGCCACAUAACCUUAAUCUCGGCCUACCUUCCAGCAAGCAAUAGCAAGCACGUCACGGAGGAUUUGAAAAACCUUUUUCAGUGGGUGGAGCAACUUGAAGGCGAAAUCAUUCUAGGAGCGGAUCUGAAUGCCCAUCACGAUAGUUGGAGCCCGGAGUUUCCAGAAUGCCCAAGAGGAAAACUCAUCAGUCAAAUCACCAUGGACUCGAAAAUGAUCCUGCUAAACGACGGAAGCCCUACAAUGUGUCUGGCACCAGGUAACCGCCGGUCAGCGAUUGACCUAACAUGGGUAACAGAAGGUUUAGCAAGAAAAGCGAAGUGGGAAGUACUAGACGAGGAAUUCGGAAGUGCGCAUCUCACGAUCCGGAUAGGCAUAGGGGACGAGAUCCCGCUCAUCGAGAAGACCUCAAAACGGGUCAACCAGGAUAGGGUGAUUAAAUCACUCAACGAAAUGAGGCCACAAUACAUCUACAAUCCGGAGGAGAUGCAGGAAAUCUUCGAGGAAACUCUUGAAAAGGCAUCUUACAUAGUUAAGAACAAAAAGGGAAAUUACCUCAAAAGAUGGUGGAACAACGAGUUGGCACUCCUGUACAAUGGCAAAAGAGAGGCGCUAAGAAGAUACAACCGAAACAAGACGCAAAACAACUAUGUAGAUCUACAAAAACGAAGAGCCAUGUUCAAAAAAGAAUUCCGGAAGACCAAACGAGCGUACAUUAAGGAUCUAUCGGAAAAAAUUGACGAGACUACUCCUCCAAAACAAGUUUGGAACAUCGUUAAGGGAAUAGACACCAACCUGAAUGGGAAUCACAGGAAAUCAACGGAGCUAAGCUACGAGAAAGGAGCUGAAUUCAUGAAUUACUACUUCGGCAACAAACUGUCUCCGGUGAGCUGUCCAAAGGUCGAAACAGAGAGGAAUCUAGAGGGCUUUGAAAUUGCGUUAAAAGAGGAUGAAAUCCUUAGGAACCUGAAGAAGAAGAAGAAGAAGAACUUAUGA